AUGAUCAGCCUAAGCAAAAUCCCUCAACUAGCUAGCCAGCAAAGAUCUGUCCUCUUUGUCUCUUAUCUCUCAAAAAAUGGUUCAGGGAAGAGGCAGUGCGAUGGUGGCGACAGUCGCGGUUAUGCUGUGCAUGCUGCUGCUCCAUUUUGAUAUGGCUCACGCAGCAACCUACACUGUUGGAGGCCCUGGUGGCUGGACCUUCAAUGUUUCUGGCUGGCCUAAAGGAAAGAGUUUUAAAGCUGGUGAUAUACUUGUAUUCAAUUACAGCACUGCAGCCCACAAUGUUGUUGCUGUGAACAAGGCUGGUUACAGUUCAUGCACGAGCCCUAGAGGUGCCAAGGUUUACACAUCAGGAAAGGAUCAGAUCAAGCUCGUGAAGGGACAAAAUUUCUUCAUCUGUAGCUUUGCUGGACACUGUCAGUCUGGAAUGAAAAUAGCUGUUAAUGCUGCGUGAAAUGGGGGUGUUGGGGGAUGGAUAAUCAGAGAUGAGUCAUGAGAUUCAUGAUCUUUUCCUUUUAUGUCUUGAUAUAUAUAUAUAUAUGCAACUCUAUGUGCUAGCGUGUUGAUCAGUGGCUAGCUACCCCUUGUACUAGUUAAUUAUUACUAACAUAUAAAAGGAAUAAACAAGAAAUAAUGUUGCUUGCUUA